AAUGUUUACGAAACAGUGAACGCGUCGAGCUUGGAGUAUCGUAGCUUCACAACUAUUCGACCCUUCUCCUCAUCCCCCCGACGAUGCAGCCACCCUUUCUUCCAUCGGUGAUCAUCGCCCUGAUGAUCCUUGCUGAGGGUCCUUCGGGAAGAACUGAACGUAUCUCCUAUAAGACGGUAAAGUCCUGGGCUCAUAAGCUGGGAUUCGAGCUGUCACAGCUUGGCAAGUACGUGACGCAAGCCCAGAAGCUUGAAGCGAGCUACGCACAAGCAGAAGUGAAGCCUAGGGAUGGAACUGCUCUGGUCCAGGAGAUAGCGAAGGACAUUGGCUUCUUGAUGGAAUCGAAAAUAUCUGCAGUCAAGCGAAUCAUGGACGUGGCUGAGAGUUUGGCGGAGAACGCGAGCAAUAAUGUGAAAACUCCGGUCAAGUACCACAACGCGAAGGACAAUAACUUGACGAUGACUCAUAGCGCGCAUUUUGGACGCGAAGUAAAUCUCAACUAUUCCAAUUUUCACAUACCAACGAACGUCUAUAACCAGUCGUACAACGUCGUAACGGCGAUCACGUGGGCCCAGAAGUUGAAUACAACAUUCAUGAACAACUAUGACCUCGAUCCUUCCUUGUCCUGGCAAUAUUUCGGAAGCUCGACGGGGUUCAUGAUGCAAUAUCCUGCUAUAGAGUGGGAAAUGGAUCAGGUGGACCUCUUUGACUGCCGCACUCGCAACUGGUACAUCGAGGCUGCGACAAGUCCCAAGGACAUUCUUAUCCUGGUAGACAACUCCGGCAGCAUGACCGGGAUCCGUAAGGAGAUUGCGAGGCACGUUGUAAACAGCAUCCUCGACACCCUGGGGAACAACGACUUCGUCAAUGUAAUAACAUUCUCCAACGAAACCCACGAGGCAGUAGAAUGCUUCAACAACACCUUAGUCCAGGCGAAUUUAGCCAAUAUACGAGAGCUCAAGACCGCGAUGGAGUGCGUGGACACCGAUAAGAUAGCCAACUUCACCAUCGUCCUGACGCAGGCCUUCGAGUUAUUGCAGAACUUCCGAGAGCAACGUCGAGGCACAAUGUGCAACCAGGCCAUAAUGCUUGUCACCGAUGGCGUCCCCAUGAAUUACAAAGAUAUAUUCGCAAAGUACAACUGGCGUGCCAACUCUGACAACCCUGACAUGGGUGACAUGCCGGUACGGGUCUUCACUUACUUGAUUGGCCGCGAGGUGCCCGACGUCAGGGAUGUCAGGUGGAUGGCCUGCGCCAACCGGGGUUACUACGUUCAUCUCUCGACCAUGGCUGAGGUGUCUGAAAAGGUUUUGAACUACAUACCGGUUAUGGCGAGGCCUCUGGUCCUAGGACUGAAGGACCAUCCAGUGAUCUGGACCCCAGUUUAUGCCGACGAAACUGACCCCAUCAUGACGGACUGGUUGUGGGAGCUACAGGAGCGAAAAUACCAACGGGAACUUGUCGAAACGCAUCGCGUCAAAGACCUCGAAGCUCGACAACGCUUAAUGAAUUUGAGGGAAGAACGAGAGAGAAGAUUUCUCCAGAAGCACAAGAGGAAAUACGACCAGGACGAUAACAUACAUAAAUAUAGACUUAUGACCUCUGUCAGUGUUCCAGUCUUCAAUCGGCGACCAAAUGCGAACAUCACAGAGCAGGUCCUGGUGAACGGGGCAUACUGGGUGACUAAGACUCGAGAGACCCGGAUCGCUGAGCUUUUAGGAGUAGCUGGAAUCGACGUACCGAUAAAGGAGAUUGAGAAAUUGAUGCUGCCGCAUAUGCUCGGCGUCAACGGCUAUGCUUUUAUCGUUACCAACAAUGGCUACAUCCUGAUACAUCCAGACCUUCGACCCUUCUUCCGACAAAUCCUCAAGCCAGCAUAUAACAGCGUUGAUAUGGUCGAGGUCGAGCUGAUGGACGACGGAACCGAAUCCCGAAAUUUCAGCAUACCCCUGCGUCAGUUUCGUGAUGCGGUGAUAAACCAGUCCAAUGGGACGACAACGCUGUACACGAAAUACCACUAUGACGACAUGCAACGGGUGGGCAGGAUGAAGAGAGACUAUUUCUACCAGGGCAUCAAUAACACACCAUUUACAGUGGUGGUGUCCCUCCCGGUGCAUGGUCAUGGUGGGAGCUACCGGGUCCAUGCAAUCGAGGAGAUUCACCGAUAUCAGCACCAACGAGACAAAGAUGCAACCAGUUACUUCUCCGGUAGCAAUUGGCGGGUGCAUCCCAAUUGGACGUACUGUGGGUACCAUUACGAUGGUGACCACACAUUCCAAACGCCUGAGGAAGAGCUGCUCCACUUCCUAAAGCGGACCCGCGUACCGGGGUGGAAGUGGAUGGACAUGAAUAGAGUUGGAUCCCAUCCCCCGGAGCAUUCGCAUUCAGGAUCAUCGCGUGUAAACACGAGCAAGGUGGAAAGGACCUCGUACUACUGUGACAGAAAUCUCCUCCUGAGUCUGGUGUUCGAUGCUAUGGUAACUGACUGGUUUGCCAACACGAACACCACUCGCGGGGAAAAGGGACCCUUAGCUAUGCUGAUGAACCUUCUGUCCAGGAAAGAGUUUCAACAGCGAUUCGGCUUCACCCUGGCUUUCAUGGCGACCCACAGUGGCCUUACACGGUGGCUGGACUUCCCCAUUGAGAACGACACUCAGCCCGAACACCACUUCGGGAAACUCCAUCCUCGGGCGAUUGAAGAAGUCUGGUACAAACGCGCCGUCGAGCAGUACUACGUCCAACCGGACAGCUUCGUCUUCUCGGUCCCCAUUGACGACGCCGGAGCGGAUAACGAGACCCUCGUCACCGCGAGUCACGCCAUAUUUAUUGGUGUAGGAAAGGUGAAGGCCCCGGCAGCGGUCGUUGGCUUCCAAUUUAAACAUUCGAAGCUUCAGAGUCUCUUUCGAAACAUCACCUACAGCUGCGAGGGGUUGGGUAAUUGUCAGAGGAGCUGCGAGGACGAGGGUCUGCAGUGCUACCUGGUGGACAAUAACGGGUACGUCGUUGCUGGUGAAAACGCGUCGGAGGCUGGUAAGUUCUUUGGGGAAAUCAACAAACACGUCAUGCAGAGUCUCGUCGACAACGGCAUCUACGACGAGAUCGCUAUAUACGACUAUCAAGCGGUCUGCUUUCGAGAUGAGAAGUCACUUUGUAACCAUGGAAACAUCUUGCUGACCCCCUGGAAGGCCCUCGAGCGAGCUGCAAAAUGGGUGCUUGGUAGUCUGGCCUGGAUGUGGGUGAAGAGCGGUAUUUGGUCCUCCGCGGAUUAUGCGUAUGCUUACCCUUACCCGAGUGACGACGAGGAUGAGCCGGUGGACGAAGAAACAGAGGAUGAGGAUGAAGAGGACGAUGGGAUAGUGGUUGAGGAGGUGAAGGAGAAACUGGACGUGGUGGAGGAGAAAGCGAAUGCAGCAAAGCCACGUGAAACUGACGAUCAGGAUCAAGAUGACGGCGACCUGGGUGUCGAAACGAAGAACGAGAAAGACCAACCUCCACAAAUCAGACGGACAAGGCCCGAAACCUGCGACGAAGAGAUGAAGUUGUACCUACUGCAGAAUGUUUCUGCAGAUAAGUAUGACGUUGAUUGUGUAUCUGUCGACGAUAUUGAUAGGGACUGCGAACGGCCCUACGUCGUCCAGCCAGUCGACUCGAGCAACAUGAUUCUCCUCGUGGUGAACGCGAUAUGCCUAAAAUCGGACACUGAAAAGCUGACUGUUUUUCCUAGUGAGAUCAAGUACAAUGACAGCUUGGCAUGCUACAAAGCGGCCAACAGCCUCCCGAGGCGGAGGCCUGCCUCUUGCAUCCGCAACCACACGAGAGAACGAGAGAUCAAGGAUCUCUGCGGUGGUGCUUCACGCGGUAUCAGCAUUACGCUGCUUUCAAUGCUCUUGCCAAUUUUACUCACUGUGCCAUCCUCGAUAUUCGCUUUUUUUUAAACAUCGAAUUAACUGUAUCACAAUCAGUGAAACGUGAUUGAAAUAGCAGCCGUUACAACUGAUUUAAAAUCGUUCUUUGAAAUCCGGGAGAUUAUUCGAGCUUUAGCUAAAAAAUAUGAGCCAAAAUCUAUAGUGAGUUACGUUGUUGAGAUAUUUAUUGGUAGAUAUAAACAGCUUUGGUCAUUUCAGUUGCCAAGUGCUGUAUGACUUCGGGAUUAUGUUAUUUGGGAAAAAACUACGUAACAGUGUAAUCGUAAAUAAAUCGAAACGCAUGACUGAAAUCUGUACUUAGCGAAUUUCUCGUCCGACAUACUUUCUGUUUUAGUAUAGUUACAUCAUUCCAAGGUGGGGAAUUUUCAAUUUUUCACUCAAAGAAGCGUUUAUAUAAUAUUAUAACAAAGUAUGAAUAAAAAUUCUUUACGUUGCGCUCCUCGAUGAGUAUAUCUAUAUUCUUUACGUAUGACGGUAAAAGUUUCGCUAAGUUUUUACCAAAUUCACGAAAGCUAACGUAUAAGCGCUUGUACAGUUGUAGGUGCUGUAUGCGUAUUGAUAAAAGUUAUAAUA